AUGGCCGACACCGAGUCCCAGACCCUGCCGCCAGAAGCCAUCGCCUUUGCCGCGAGGAUGUACGAUGCCGCACGUGCGGGCCAGAUGGACAUCUUUGAGCAGGCAUUGCCGGCCGGGUUACCCGCUAACAUGACGAACGAGAAAGGCGAUAGCUUGUUGAUGCUAGCCUCCUACCAUGGCCACGCGCCCUUGGUACGUCUCCUCCUCUCGCACGGCGCCAACGCCAAUUCCCUUAACGAUCGAGGACAAUCGCCUUUGGCCGGUGCGGUGUUUAAGAAGGAGGAUGAGGUUAUCGAGGCCCUUCUAGAGGGCGGCGCGGAUCCCGACCUUGGGAGCCCGUCGGCGACGGAGGCGGUAGUUAUGUUUAAGCAGGAAGAGACAUGGAAGAAGAGGUUCAACGAAGCGGUUGGGAAGGGGAAGGGUGGUUCGACUAGUUGA